AUUUACUAAAACUCUUUCGUUUUACUCUGAAGUUAACCACUACCAUCAAAAUGUUCUGUGGAGACUAUCCACUCCUUUUGUCAUUAUAUCCAGUAUAAUGGUUUAACUGCAAUGUGUAUACAGUCUUCCUUGAAUUUGUAUCUCAACCCAGCAUCUAUGCUUCAAUCUCAGAGUCAUAUAACCAGUCCCUACUCAGUGCAAGGAACCAUCUUCCCAGCUCCAAAUUUCAAUCCCAUAAUGGAUGCCCAAAUGCUAGGGGGAGCACUCCAAGGAUUUGGCUGUGACAAAGACAUGCUGAUCGACAUUCUAACUCAACGCUGUAACGCACAAAGGCUGAUGAUUGCAGAGGCAUACCAGAGCAUGUAUGGCAGGGACUUAAUUGGUGACCUGAAGGAGAAGCUUUCAGAUCACUUCAAAGACGUCAUGGUUGGCCUCAUGUACCCACCACCAUCUUACGAUGCUCACGAACUCUGGCAUGCCAUGAAGGGAGUAGGCACUGAAGAAAAUUGCCUUAUUGAUAUUUUAGCUUCAAGAACAAAUGGAGAAAUUUUCCAGAUGCGAGAAGCCUACUAUUUGCAAUACAGCAGCAACCUUCAAGAAGAUAUUUACUCAGAGACCUCAGGACACUUCAGAGAUACACUCAUGAACUUGGUCCAGGGAACCAGAGAAGAAGGAUAUACAGACCCUGCUAUGGCUGCUCAGGAUGCAAUGGUCCUGUGGGAAGCCUGUCAGCAGAAGACAGGGGAACACAAAACCAUGCUGCAAAUGAUCCUGUGCAACAAAAGCUAUCAACAACUGUGGCUGGUUUUCCAGGAAUUUCAAAAUAUUUCUGGGCAAGACAUAGUAGAUGCCAUUAAUGAAUGCUAUGAUGGAUACUUUCAAGAGUUGCUAGUUGCAAUUGUUCUCUGUGUUCGAGACAAACCAGCCUAUUUUGCUUAUAGACUGUAUAGUGCAAUCCAUGACUUCGGUUUCCAUAAUAAAACCAUCAUCAGGAUUCUAAUCACCAGAAGUGAAAUAGAUCUGAUGACCAUUAGGAAGCGAUACAAAGAGAGAUACGGAAAAUCCCUGUUUCAUGACAUCAAGAAUUUUGCUUCAGGGCAUUAUGAGAAAGCUCUGCUUGCCAUCUGUGCUGGUGACGCUGAAGACUACUAAGUCAAAAGAAGCAUUUGGAAGACACAGCAUUCCUAUUUACAGACAUGUCAAAAUACAGAGUUUGUGAGAAGUUUGCAUUAUUAGAAACAUGAUAGCAAAAUUAUAGAAUCAUAUUUGCUCUUGUAUCUUUAAAAUCAUUCUAAGCCAAAGAAAAAUCUAUUGAUAAAAGUAUAUGAGACUGGA